AUGAGUUUCUAUAGCUGGCAAGGGUCCCCAUAAGGCUUUUCUAUAUCCAAACCUUACAUCCUACAUCUCAAUACAUGUGGGACUCAUCUAAUAUACGCAUACGUGGCAGAUUAUGAUUGAGUGAAAAUACAGAAAAUACAGGCAACUUGUUAACAAGAUAACAAAAGUUAGAAUUAUAGUAGAAGUGAGUCAUACCUCCUGGAAUAGGUCUUCAAGCCAUUAACAACCAACCGUUUCCCUGGUUUCCCAACAAUAAAGAAACGCAAACAUUCUUGCCUCCCUACGUGCUUCCAACCAACUCAUUUCUAUCCUUACAUCUCUACUUGUGCGCUCCAACGUUCGUAUCCUCCGAAUUCCAAGCUUCCCUCCCUCGCCUCUCUUCCUCCUUCCUCUUACACCCAACCAAUCUCUUCUCAACUUGAGGCGGCGUUGCCGCCAUCCGAUGUCUCCACCUGCACUUCUCUGUUGAUCUACAUUUGCUGUGACCACCCAAACAUGACCGGAGGCAAGAAACAUGGGGCGGUCCGGCCUUUUACGGCAACAACACCACCGCCAGUUUUCUCCCUCCUUUACCUAUUCCUCCUUGUUCUAUCAAACACCAUUGUCAUUACCAAUGCACAAUCAAAGUCUCCGAGAAAGGUGAGCUUCACACCGGCAGACAACUUUUUAAUUGACUGUGGAGGACCGAAGAGCACACAGCUCACUGAUGGCCGCACAUUUCGUUCUGAUCCCCAGUCUACUUCUUUCCUGUACACGACGGAAGACAUCAAGCUCUCGUCUAGCAUUAAUACGUCAUCCAUAUCCCCUAUCUAUCUUAACGCAAGGGUUUUCUCUGAUAAAUCAACGUAUGGCUUCUCUAUAUCCCAGCCAGGCCGCCAUUGGAUUCGCCUGCACUUUUACCCAUUCACUAAUCCUAGAUACAACCUCUCUACUGCUGUCUUCUCCAUCAACACAGAUGACAUUGUUCUCCUGCAUGAUUUCUCAAUAUCAAACUCCUCAAUUCCUGUUGUCAAAGAGUACCUGAUUACAUUCAAUAAUGAAAGGGCCUCCCUUAUUUUCACUCCAAAGAAGGGGUCCUUUGCGUUCAUCAAUGCAAUCGAGCUGGUCUCAACCCCUGAUGGUCUCAUACUCGAUACCGUCACUAAUGUUCAACCGGCUGGGCAAUUCUCUGGCCUCUCCAAUUAUGCUCUUGAGGUGUCUUACCGAGUGAAUGUUGGCGGACCAAAUAUCAAACCUGAGGAGGACACACUGGGCAGAGAAUGGAAGCCAGACAUUGAAUUCAUGGAGUUUGCAGCCACAGCACAGAAUGUCUCCACUGAUCCUGGCAAUAUCAAGUACCCCGACGAUGGCUCAGUGACACCUCUCACUGCCCCAGUCAUGGUCUAUUCCACCGCAGAGAAGAUGGCAGACUCGAACACUGUUGAUCAGAAUUUCAACAUAACAUGGCAGAUGACUGCCAGCCACGCGUACUCUUACUUGAUCCGGCUACAUUUCUGUGAUAUUGUAAGCAAGGGCCUCAACGAGCUAUACUUCAAUGUUUACCUCAAUGGGCUUAUGGGUGCAUCCAGCCUGGAUUUAUCAUCACUGACUUCAGGCCUCUCAACAGCUUACUACAAGGACUUUGUAAUCAACGCCACCAACAUCAUCAAUGAUACCAUUUCCAUCCAGGUCGGCCCAGCCACUGGGUCAGACUCUGGGACACCAAAUGCCAUCCUUAAUGGUCUGGAAGUAAUGAAGAUGAGCAAUUCGGCAGGGAGCUUGGAUGGUCCAUAUGCAGUUGAUGGUUCAUAUCAUGGUGAUUAUGCUACAAAGAGCACAGUGACAAAGAUUUUGUCAGCCAUUGGCCUUGCACUGGGUGUCGUGGCACUAAUAUUGCUAGGGAUGAUGCUCUGCCGGUGGAGGCGGCGUCCUGCUGGCUGGGAGAAGAAGAACAGCUUUUCUUCUUGGCUUCUUCCACUGCAUGUCAGCCAAUCCAGCUUCCUCAGCAGCUGUAGCAAGGGGAGCUACAGGAACCGAUUUGGAUCCCAUAAGAGCAAGAGUGGAUACUCGAGUUUUUUUGCAUCUGGAACUCUUGGGGUUGGUCGAAUCUUCACCUUUGCAGAGCUCCAACAUGCAACUCAUAAUUUUGAUGAGAAGGAUGUGAUUGGUGUAGGAGGGUUUGGAAAGGUGUAUCUAGGUGAGCUUGAAGAUGGGACCAAACUGGCUGUGAAGCGUGGGAAUCCAUCAUCUGAACAGGGGAUCCAUGAGUUCCAAACAGAGAUACAAAUGUUGUCCAAGCUUCGGCAUCGGCACCUUGUGUCCCUCAUUGGAUGCUGUGAUGAGAACUCAGAAAUGAUCUUGGUGUAUGAAUACAUGUCAAAUGGUCCUCUGAGAGAUCACCUUUAUGGUUCCACAGGCCUACCACCACUCUCAUGGAAGCAGAGGCUUGAAGUCUGUAUUGGAGCUGCCAGAGGGCUACACUAUCUCCAUACAGGCGCAGCUCAGGGCAUCAUCCACCGUGAUGUGAAGACAACCAAUAUCCUCCUUGAUGAUAGCCUCAUAGCGAAGGUCGCUGACUUUGGUCUCUCCAAGGCUGCUCCAUCCCUUGAACAAACACAUGUCAGUACUGCUGUCAAGGGAAGCUUCGGUUACCUUGAUCCAGAGUAUUUCCGGCGGCAGCAAUUAACAGAGAAAUCUGAUGUGUAUUCCUUUGGUGUCGUACUCUUUGAAGUCCUGUGUGCAAGACCUGCCAUAAAUCCAGCACUUCCAAGAGAGCAGGUGAACCUGGCAGAAUGGGCAAUGCAGUGGCACCGGAAAGGGCAGCUAGAGAAGAUCAUUGACCCUCACCUGGUGGGUACAAUCAGUCCAGCUUCACUCAAGAAGUAUGUUGAAGCCACAGAGAAAUGUCUGGCAGAGUAUGGAGUUGAUAGGCCUUCCAUGGGUGAUGUGCUGUGGAACCUCGAGUAUGCUUUGCAGCUUCAAGAGGCUUCCAUGGGACAGCCUAAUGAUGAUCCAUCCGAUAACAGUGCUAGACACAUUUUGCCAGAAACUCCACUUGUACCCAUCCAAGAUCAAAGGGGCCUUGCAACCAUUGAUGAGGACUCAACACCUGAAGUAACUGCCAUGCCAUUGAUUGAAGGGAGGUGACACUAAGCCAUUAAAGAAUCAUGAGGUGCCCUGAAGAUCGAUUUCCAGCUGUUGAGUUGAUUUCAUUCUUUUGUUUGGGUGUGGUGUUCAUAACACUCGGUGUGUUUUCGUAUCAUUUUAUGUUUCCUUUAGAUAUUUAAAGAUGUUCAACCUUGUAUUUUUCUGCUCUU